AUAAAAUACCCAAAGCGCACUGUACUUCCAAACCUACCUUUUUGCUAUCUUGAAUAAUGUCCAACCCACCACCGGACGACGGUUCCCUCCGCUACGUACCCGACGGUCCUAAGAUAUCUGUCCUGCCAGGGCACACAACAGACUACUCACACGCUACAUUCUGUAUCGAGGAAGAGGAUCAUACGCUGGGUAAUGCACUGAGGUGGAUGAUCAUGAAGAACCCGAAGGUGGAGUUCUGCGGGUACAGCAUGCCCCACCCGUCGGAGUACAAGAUCAACCUCCGAAUCCAGAUGUAUGACAACGCCUCCUCACUCGAUGCCCUCGCACUCGCUCUUAAGCAACUUGACGACCUCGCGGGCGCUAUCGAGGAGGAGUAUAACGCAUCCCUUGAGGGCGGAGAGUGGGAGCAAGGCGAGGACGGGGAGAUGGACUUGGAGGGUGCGAAGCGGUAUGCGGCAGAGGUGAAGAAGAGGAGGGAGAAGGAGGCGAAGGAGGGGAGAUGAUCUUACCCUUGCGUGUAUGUAUGAGCUGUUGGAAGUGGGUUAUAGGCUGGUGGUCUAUUGGUCCUUCGGCGGAGUUUCAAGAGAGCGCUCUGGUGCGUGAAUGUAUGAAUAUAAUCC